AAAGUCAACAUUGUGUUCGUGUCGAGAUCGCUGAGACAAGGCGAAAAGCACACACAAUGUUGACUUUGUGUUUGCUGUUCGUUUCCAUUUAUUGGGGUGUAACAAAAAGUACUGAGCUGGCCUUAAAUAAUGGCGAAAUUACUUCAGAUACGUUGGCAGAUUUCAAACAUGAGUUGGAUAUGACCGGUAUGAACAUUGUGAAUGAGAUGUAUUCUUUAAAAGAUCGAGUUAAAAGGAACACUGAACCUGAGAACGAAAGAAAUCAUUAUGAAAUCACAGAGGAAAGCAAACAUCACCGUAGUCGUCGUUCUAGUGUUUUGUUGAAUAUGGUUAAAGCUGCUCGAAAAACUGGCAAUCGUGAAGAAUUAAACUUACAAUCCGCCACUCCUGUUGGUCCAAUACAGUCGAUGUACGAAGCAACCGAUAUGGUACCCAUCAACAUCCACGCCACAAAUCAAAACAACGAGGCAAUUAGAUUAUUCGCAGUUGCAAACCAUAAGAACUUAACAGGUGGUUAUGAAUCAAAUGUAGUAAUUCUCAGAUACAAUGAAACUAGCCAACAGUUUUCCGUUCACCAAAACAUUCCUGAAUAUGCUCCAUUUGAAGUAGAAGCCUUCAAAGGCGCCAUUACUCCAAUGCAUAACAAACAUUUCCUAGCGGUAGCAGGUUACGUAGACGACAGCUCACGACAAUAUCCCACAAAGGUCUCCCUUUAUGAACUUGGACCAGCUCCUGACUACAAAUUUAUCAAGAUCCAAGAAUUACGUUACAACCGUGUAAGAUCCUUAAAAUACAUUGAAAUCAUGCAGACAACAUAUUUGAUCCUUGGCGUAUACUAUAAAGAUAAUCCGCAACCAGUAGGACGAAGAUAUUCCUCACCCAGUCACAUCAUGGUGAUGCUUUUCGAUCCCAAUGGUAAUAUGUUUCACUUUCAUUCCAGUUUGCCUGCGUCAGGUGCUGUUGACAUCGAGUGUUUUACAUCUGGUCAGAGAACAUAUCUUGUCGUUGCCAACUACUGCAAUGACGAUGGGCGUCUUGACAUUUUCUCUUACAUCUACUUGUACAACGAACAAUUUCGAGGAUUUCAGUUGCAUCAGUAUAUCUCAACUCACGGAGCCAGAGAUGUAGAACAUUUCAAGCUGGCCAAUGAAGAUUACAUUGUGAUUGCAAAUGAAGCUUAUGGUACACUCACUAAUAAAACAUUUGGCUCCUAUUCUACCGUUUACAAGAUUAGUCAUGGCAAAUUCGAACAAGUUCAAAGCUUGGAGACGUAUGGUGCAAUAAAAUGGAAACAUCUUUCUGUCCCAAACUGCAAACAGGAUGUCUUGUUGAUGUAUGGAGAUCAAAGAAACAACAUUGACCAAGUUGGUAUAUAUUCAUUCUCGCACGACCAAGAAAGCUUUAAAGCAGUUCAGUUUUCAAUUUAUCAUACUGAUGAUCUCAGUCCUUCAUAUCGCCCGCAUCCACUGUCUUUGGCAGCGUUCAAUACACAAGAUUUGCAAACAGGUGACUACAGUUUAUACGUAAUUAUUGGAGCCAACGACACCACCUCAAAAAGCAACGUAUACAAACUUUCUUACGAGAUUAUUUACACCGAUUCACCAUUAGAUGCUUUUGGUAGGGAUGUUCAAGAUCAGAUUGCCGCUUUAAACAACACCAUAAACGAAGUCAGACGACUUCUUGCAAAUGCAAAAGAAACCUUGGCGGACGCAGUGACAAAAGAAGGAGAACAACUUAUCACAGGCAAGAAAAACUUUGAAACUUUAACGUUUCUCACAGGUACAAUCAAUACAGUCAAUCUUACUGUUGGAAGUUUGCUCCUCGUUAAAGAUAAUAAGACUUACAGAGCUCAUCCUGAUAUUGUUCCACACGUCCCAUUGGAAGAAUUGGAAGAAAACAUAACACGUCAUAACAACACCGUCAGAGGAGUAUUGGAUAAUAAAGAAAACUUGAUGUACGUUGAUGUAUCACAGAAUAUUACUGCACCAAUACAUUUCAAUUUUAUUCGUGGUUACGAUGUGGACGCGCAAAACGUUAAUCUCGUAUCAGACGUGAUAAAUGAUGUUAACGUGACACAUUUAAUGCAUGACGUAAUAGUUAAGAAUGUUGACACUGUUGUAGAUAAGAAAACAUUUGCAGGUGGUGUCAAUGUUUACGCAAAUAUGACGGUGAAUGGCUUGAUCAAUAACAUCUCCACGAGCGACGUAGUUGUCAAUGGUACAAACCAAACAAUUUUAGCAUUAAAAGUCUUUACAGAGAAUGUUAUGGUGAUGGGCAAUUUAACAAGUGGAAGUAUCAAUGAAUUCAAUUUUAAUAAGGCUAUACAAAUCAACCAACCAACUACAAUCACGGGGCCUGUAACGUUCAACAACGAUAUCUCUACUGCCAACAUUACAGCACGUCGUACCAUCAACAUGGUAACUCUUUCUCAACUUUUUAGCAAUACUGUUUCCAAAAGCGUGAAACAAAAUAUCACUGGUCACAAACUUUUCACAAAUGUUCUUUCCAACAAGAAUGUGAAAGUUGGUUUAGUUAGUGGUCUGGAUUUGUCCAAACUGGCAGAAGAAGCUGCGAAGGUGUCCAACAGCACCUACAUCUAUGGCAAUAAAAUUUUUACCAACAAUGUCACUAUCCUUGAAGAUCUAGAUGUAGAAGAACUUAUCAACGAAUUCAAAUUUCCGAAGGAUCUCGUCUUUAAAUCAAAACAACAGAACAUCACCGGAAAAAAGGUAUUCACUGGAAAUGUUGCUAUGUCCCAAAACCUUCUUACUACCGGCACCGUUGAUGGUAUCAGCUUGGAUAGCGUUGUAACGCUUUCCACACGACAAACCAUUUUGGGUCAAAAGACAUUAACCAAUUCAGUGUCUUUCGAAGGGGAUGUUUUCAUCCAAGAAAAUCGCACGGUCAAUAACAUUGAUAUUUCAGAAUUCGUUAAAGAUAUCGUUACGUCUUCAGGCAACCAGGCAUUUCCAAGCUUAACAUUUUCUGAUCAUAUUACAUUCUACAAUUCAAAAAUAGCUAAUCUUAUCAACAACGAUACCGUUGCAAGCAUGAAAGAACUAUUCGUGAAUUCUCUUCACAGUGUAGGUAAUCAAACAUUUACAGGUGAGAAGAUAUUUAUAUCUCAAAUCAACAUUACGAAAGAUCUUAAAGCUGACACCAUCAAUAACCUCAGUUUUCCAGGAGACUUUGCUCGCGUCCAUGCUAAUCAAACAUUCACAGCCAAUAAAGCAUUCGUUGACGAUGUUUACCUCACAGAAUUGGAAACAGAUGAAACAAUCAAUGGAAUUGACAUUGCUAACUUCUCUUCAAGUAUUAUUACAACUGACGGAAACGACAUUAUAAAAGGGACAAAGAACUUUUCAGGCAACGUCAUCAUUCAUGGAAAUCUUCAUAUUGAAGGCAGUAUGAACAAUAUCAAGUUAGCCACUGAUUUAAUGUUUGUAGGUCUCGAUCAGGUAAUCACUGGCAAAAAGUUUUUCUCCACUAUGAUAUUCCCCAAUUUACACGUAACUGCAAUGAAAAAUAUUGGUGUUGAAACCACUAUUGAUCGAGUUGAUUUAUCGGACUUAGACCUAUCUGGAAUGACCGUCACAAGAAAUGAAACUGUAACUGGUAAAAUGUGCUUUGAACAAACAGACUACAACCGUUCUGUUGAUUACAUUAAUGGAAUCGACUUGUCGGUAUUAAAAGCAGAUAUUGUUACACUCGACACUGAACAAACAAUAACCUCUGAGAAGUAUUUCGAGAUUCUGAAAUUAGAACGCAACCUUAACACAACAUCAACUAUUGAUGGCAUUGACGUGUCAGAAUUGUAUGCUUCUGCAAUAUUAACAAAUCGUGAUGGAAGCGUUGCUGGAAAUGUUACCUUCCAUAAUAAUAUCACUAUUGUAAACGACCUUACCACUGGUUUAAUGAAUAAUGUCAAUAUCUCAAAAUUUUCAGAGCUCUUUAUAUCUAAAUCACAGAACGAAACUUUAGGAAACCUGACAAUCAACGGCUCCGUUCAAGCAACUACACUUACAGUCGAGAAAGUAAAUGAUAUAAACAUCUCGAAAGAUGUUGUUUUUAAAGAUGUCGAUCAAGUUAUACACGACAGCAAACAAUUCGGUAACGUUAGUAUAGUCAAUAUGUCAACGAGUGGUCUUAUAAAUGGAGUAAAUCUUAUUGAAUUGCAAGACGAGGCUGUAUUUAUCGAUAGCAACGCAACACUUUUUGGAGAAAACACCUUUGUGAACAACGUUAUUGUCAAUGGCAACAUAACAACAACUGGUACUGUAAAUGGAUACGAUCUUCAAAAUCCUAACGUGGCAAGGACAUCUGGCGUGUCAUCUCAAGUCAUAACUGGCACGAAGACAAUUUUAAACACUUCAACACUUGAUCAUUUGCUUGCAGAAAAUGUCAACUCAAGAAAUUUUAGCGCACUGUAUGAAAGCGCAGUCAGAGUAAAUGAAAAUAUAGAGAUAUUCGGCACUAUCACCUUUGAAAAUUCCACCUCUGCUUCAAGCACGCAGGUGAAUGGUGAUCUCAACGUCGAUGGCACGAUAAAUGGCGUAAAUCUCACAAAAUUUGCCUCGUCAGUUUUGAAAAAAACUGGGGCGCAGGAUAUGAUUAGUAAGAGAAUUAAUGGUAACGUGACAGUAUCUAGUCUUAUUGUGAAUGGAAGUGUAAACAACUUAAUGGCUGAAGAUCUGGUUACUAAAACUACAACACAGACUAUUGCAGGAAAGACAGUGUUCUCGAAUUUGCAUUUACUCGGCAAUUUAGUCACUAAACUUGUAAAUGGUGUGAACUUAUCCCACUUGUACGAAACUACUCUCCUGAAAAAUGCAACGAAUAAACAAGUCAUCACUGGCACCAAGACUUUCUCAGAUGAAAUUCAGUUUGGAGACAUUGUGACGCAGUACUUAGUGGAUGGCGUAAAAAUUGAUGCCAAUGCGUUUGUAACUUUGGACACGCAACAGACAAUAUACGGAAACGUUACAUUUAGUGAAAAUUUUGUUAGCAGCCAUCUGAUCGUUGGAGGCAAAGUUGCAGGUGUUAAUUUGACUACAUUGAAUACCACAAAAGUGACGAAACAAGGUGACCAGACUAUUACCACGGAUGUUACUUCCUCGAAUAAUGUGAACGUCUUGAAGAAUAUAGUCAUCAGUGGUUUAGUUAAUGGAAUCGACUUAUCAUCCUUUAACAAGAAAAGUCCAGAAUUGCAUUCAGAAUUAGAUGAUCUUGAGAGACAACUGAAUGAAACUUUAGCUAAACAAUGCGAUUCGCUGACUUACGUGAAGGAUGCAUUAGCCGUGUCUUCCUUUCGUCUCGAUUUCUUCGUGAAAGCUCAAACGCUAUUUUCAACUGUCGGAGUCCGGUCUACAGAAUAUUUUGAAUUGGAAGGGGUUAAGUAUUUAGUUGUGUCAAUAACUACCGAGGAUGCCUGUCAACAAUCGGUCGUCAUGAAAUUUAACAGUUCAAAUUUGCUUUCAACGCAUCAAUUUUUAACAACAUCUGGUUCCGUUAUUGUUAAAUUCUUCACUGCAAGUUGGAACGAAUCUUAUCUUUUGGUUGUGAAUUCUGAAACGAACUGCAAUGAGACGUCAGGUCCAUCACAACUUCUUAAAUGGAACCCUGGAUCACAAACAUUUCAACCGUACAAGGAUCUGAGCACUUCUAAUGCAGUCGAUGCUGACAUCAUUUUUAACUCCGAUCCUGUUUGUAUCUUAAUCGCCAACGCCAACCACAGCACCGCUGUUUGGAAACUCACUAAAUCUGAUGUUACGUUGUUCGCUGCGAACAUUCACCUUUCGAAUGCCGUUCAUACCUUCGUUUCAGAAGACGUAAAUUAUGUCGCCAUAGCAACGCAAACAGACACGUUAUCUUCGCGCGGAAGUGUCCUACUAUAUACAUACAAUAAUUUCAUACUGACAAGAAGCCACGAGGUUAUGGCUCGUGGUCCAAGAAGUAUCACCACAUUUGCAGCUAAGGGAAAAACCUACCUAGUAAUUGCCAAUGAUCGCGAUUUUACGGAAGACGGUCACUCUACCUAUGAUGUAACUGUUGACAUCUUUGUUCAAACCUUAACGUCAUUCGAAUGGUUUCAAUCCAUCCCAACCCACCGCGCUGUACACGUCUCAACGUAUCAAAUUGGCACCUCCAUAUACUUAAGCGUAAUACAGUACGAGCAAUCAAUUUCCAUGUACAGGUUUGGUUACGAGCUGGGAUUCGAGAAAGUGGACCAACUACGCAUAGAAGGAGCGAGACAUGCCAACCACUUUAGCAUAGAUCAUCAACACUACUUAGUUAUUUCCACGCACAUUGAUAAUUUCGUUUGGACGACAUACGCUACUGACCUCCUGAAAUUAAGUCCUAUUGGUCCUGAUCCCUACAAAGUCAACAUGACCGAUCAAUGCUUAUAAUUACUUACUUAUUUGUGAUAAAAUUAUAUUUAAAUGCAUGUUACGUUAUAUAUAGUUAUUAUAAAAUUAUGUAUAUAUAUAUUGAAAUUACAAAAUUACGUGUAAAAAAUUAAAAAAAUAAAAAAUGAAUUUGAAA